CUCCACCUCCUUCCGUCCUCCUUCCGUCCUCCCGCCGUCCUCUCCUCCAGGAUCUCUGCUUGGGCUGCGAUUCCUGGCUCCUCCUUCUUUGCGUUGCAGUUGGCCCACCAGCUCCUCAGAGCCUUCCCCAGUUCAUUUGCCCGCCUGCUGUCGAGCUUUCGCCCGCCCCCCCCCUUGGCAGUCCACUGUCUCCCCCUCUCCUUUUCUCUCCGUCGCCAUGGCAUUCAAGGACAAAGUUGCCUCACUCUUUGCCACCUUUCGCAUCAAGUAUCUCCGGCACUUCCUCGCCGUCCUGGCUGGCAUCGGGACCGUCCUGCUGAUCAGCGUCUUUGUGACAGGCAUGCUCGCCAAUCUCUAUGUCGACUUCGGCCUGAACCCGGACCCAACCGAGCCUCGUCGAUGGGCUCUGGGCCGGUUCGGGCCGCCGUACAUCAUCGUCCACGCGGGCCUGGCCGGCGGUCUCAUCUUUGUCCUCGUCGUCGCCUUGAUCUUUUCGAUAAUGACCCUGAGCCUGUGGACCAUCAUCCCGGCCGCCAUCUUCAACGUCGGUGUCAUCAUGGGCCACAUUUACGGCUUCAGCUUUAUCGACUCGAACGGCAACGACGCAGGCUCAUCCCUCAAUAUGUCCAUCAGCUUCUUGGUCACCUUCCUGGGUUUGCUCGCUUACUGGGCGUUGGCUGUUGCGCCGCAGUACCAGCUCCCUCUGCGCUACACCUGGAUCAAGCCCACGACCUCCAUCCCGACCCAGGGCAUCCUCCUGGAAGACCAGCCAACCCAACAGACCCAAGUUUGAGCCUCCCUCCCGUCCUCCUCUCCCCAACCCACACCCACGACGGAGGCAAGGCCCACCACUUAUCCUCUCUUCCCUAGACCCUCCCAAUCGUCUCUAUUUCUACAUGCGGCCAGCCAUGACACAGACAAGCUCCUGGGCUCGCUGCGUCUGCUGUCAUUGGCUCCG